AUGGCUCAACACGCGACCCUCGCCACAAAAGUCACCCACCUCGAGCGUGACAAUACUUUUUCACACCCACCCCCAUAUCAACCUCGGCGUGACGACGACCUUCGCUUAGCCGAGUUACCUGCUUUUGAUGGAGACUUGGAUCCCGAAGCAUAUUUGGAGUGGGAACAAAGGAUUGAACGCCACUUUGAGCACCGAAACCUUAGUGAUGGGUCUCGCUUCUCCUAUGCUAUCCUUAAACUCACAAAGUAUGCCUCCCUUUGGUAUGAGUCUACCCGAACUAGGCGUGCAAGAGAAGAAAAGCCUCCUAUUGAUUGUUGGUCCUCCCUAAAGACCAAGAUGCGCAAACGCUUUGUGCCUCGCACCUACCGCCAAGAGUUAUUUGUGCGCCUCACUGCUUUACGUCAAGCUACUAUGAGUGUCGAGCUCUACAUCAAAGAAUUUGAAAGAUUACAUAUGGCAUGCGAUAUUAAAGAAGCAAAUGAACAAAAAAAUGCUCGCUUUCUUGUUGGUCUCAAUAGAUCCAUUGCCAAUCUUCUUGAAUUGCAACAAUACGUAACUUUUGAUGAUGUGUGUAUUUUAGCUACUAAGAUUGAACGGCAACUCCGGGAAAAUCGCACACGAACUCCAUGGGCUGCUACUAUGCCUGCACCCACACCUUCGGCCACGCCUUCCCAACCCACGCCUGAAGUGCCGAGUGCCUCUCCAACCCCUCAAACAACCACGCCAACUCCGACAACAUCUCCAACUUCUAGUGCCACUAUUCGAAGCAAGAAACCGCAAUGUUUUCGUUGCCAAGGACUCGGCCAUAUUGCCAAGCACUGCCCUAACACAACUGUUACCACACGAGAGGAACUAGUCCUUUAUUUGGCCGAAGAAGAGCACCAUCCUUCUACUUCUAUGGAUGAGGAUGAGUUUUGGUCGAAUCAACCUAUAUGUGAACCAGAACAAGAGCAUCCUUCCUUACUGAUUCGUCGCUCUUUGUUAUCUUCUAACUAUGAUGAUUCUGUGGAUGAGCAACGUACCAAUUUAUUCCAUUCAAACUGCAUCAUCAAGGGUAAAGUUUGUCCUUUUAUCAUAGAUAGUGGUUCAUGUACUAACGUUUGUGAUGUGUAUAUGGCUGAAGCAUUAAAUCUGCAAAUGCGCAAGCAUCCAAAUCCCUAUAAACUCAGCUGGUUGAAUGAUGAUAGCAUUUGGGUACGUAAACAAGCUUUAGUCGGUUUUCGUGUAGGUGAAUACAUGGAUCAACUUUGGUGUGAUGCUUUACCAAUGACUGCAUGUUCAUUAUUAUUAGGAAGACCAUGGCAAAGUGAUAGACAUGUGAUGCAUAAUGGGAAAACUAAUGCAUACUCAGUUUUAAUGAGGGAUAAAAGAAUGAUUUUGCAAUCAUUACCACCUAAAUCUAGGCGUCCCAAGGAGAAGGAAAAGGAUAACCAAGACAAAGCUCAUGUGUGCAUAAGUUCAUGUCAUCAUGAAGUUCUAAAAACUGCACAAAACAAAAAGGAAGGGAGACAACAACUUCUACAAUUGCGCCAAGGUUCUAAGAUGGACUUAGGAGACAAAGUAUGGUUGUCACUUUCUGCUCAAAAACUUCAUGUGAAUCAUAAGGAUGGAGAGCCUAUGGAUGAAGGACCAUUUGAAAUUGUGGAUAAAGUAGGCUAUGAAACAUUCAAAGUGCUGCUAGGAAAUGGAAUAUGUGCAACAUUUCCUUCCUGUGAUUUGGUUCCAUGCUUUCCAGACUAA